AUGUUGCUGAAGGACAGUGCCAAACAAAUGCAAGAAGAUAUAUGUGCACACAUUGCUAAGCAGCUGAUGACUCAUUCACAUCUGUCACACCUAUCUGAAACACUCAGAACAGCUAUUUUAGAGAAAUUAUUAAAGAAGGCCAAGUGCAUGUUUCACUGGGUUCAGUAUCAACUAGAUGUGAUAUUGAAGUGCAGAAGACCUGAUAGUGUUCAGAAAGCCCUUGAUGACCUUCCAGAAGGACUAUAUGAAGCAUAUGAUAGAAUUAUUCACUCCAUUGAGGAGAGGGGACACAAUGAUGGCCAAAUUUCCAAGAGCUGCUUGCUUUGGCUCGCCAGCACACUCUCCCCUUUGACACUCGAUCAACUCAAUGAAGCAAUAAUGAUCAAGGCUGGACAGUCAAGUCUCAAUAUGGACCUUGGUGUGAUGGACCCUAUGGAUAUUGUGGUUGUGUGCAGCAGCCUUGUGACCUAUGAUGAGGCAACUGGCAUCAUUUCUCCAUCUCAUUACAGUGUAAAAGAAUAUCUGAUCAGCCAACACCCAAAUAAUAUCCUGAAAUUGAUCUCAGAUGUGCAUGUGCAUAUUUGUGAACUUUUGACAUGUAUAUGUUAUGUGACUCCAUGUUGUGACGCAGGCUCUGCCUCUGCUGCCAGUGGUGAAGCAAGCCAUCCAUUGCUGAGUUAUACAGUUAAAGCAUUGAUGCACCUUUGUCAUGUUUUGGAGAAGGAACCUCAUGUUAUAGCUGCCCUGCAGCAGCUACACAUGGCAUUGCUUCACAACACAGAUAAACAUCCCCUACUUGAAAGUCUAGUUCAACCAUUAACAGAUGGCGUGCAGCUGAGUGUUGCUUCCCUUUCACUUCUAUUUGUCCCUCUUCAGUUCAGAAAGCCAUGGAUGGUGGAAACUCUCAUCAAGGAGCAACCUGAUCUCCUGGGAGUAGAUGUUGCCUGUGGUUUAGGCCCUCCCUUGCUUUUUGCCAUAGCCUCAAACCCCAUCUUUCUCAAUGUUCUCCUGGAACUUGGUGUCAACCUCAACAAAUCUUCUUCAAUCCGAACCAAUUUGUACCAUCAGUGGGAUCUUCCCUCAGGUUCCUUUGCCCCAAUUUCAUGGGCAGCUGCAAUCAGAAGCCAAGUAGCUGUGGAGUUCUUGCUGUCACAAACAGAGGUCAAGCUACCUGUUGACAUUCCGUAUAUGGCCAUUGAGUCCAGGCAGCAGUCCUCAAAAAUCAUUCAUAAAUUGUGUCAAUGCAGUGCAGAUAUCAAUUUCACUGUUGAUGGCUCCACCCCUCUUCAUGCUUUACUUUCCAGCCUAAGAUUGAGGCUCAGAGCUGAUCAGCAUCAAUGGUUACUAGUCAUAAAAGUGCUCGUUGGUGAUCUUUCUGUGGAUGACUGGACCACCAGAACUGCACUCCAUAUUGCUCUUGAUAAUCAUCUGAGUGAUAUUGUCAUAUACCUCCUUGAGCAAAAUGCAUGGCUGACAGCAACAGUGACCCUCCAUCCAAACAUUUGGAGCUGGACUAAGAGCAAACAGUGGUUUGCCAAGGUUCAAGCAGUGACUCUCACUGCUGCCCAACCACACACCAGGAUUAUGGGGAAGAUUGUUGAUGCCACAUGGCAAUUGCAACUCAUCAAAUUUCCAAGCACAGUCACUACCAAUCAUGGAGACCCCAAUCCUAUUUGUGCUGUUGUUGUUUCUGUCAUUGACAGGAAGCUAUACAGUUUGUUCAGGCAGAUUGUCAGCUUGGAGGCUGACCUUUCACAUGGUAAAUUGUUGCUUUGA